AGACUUGUAGCUAUAAAAGGUCUGAUCUUCUUCCUGUUCGUCGUCGAUAGUUCGAGCAGCGAAAACGAAAAUGGGGAAGAAAACCAAGAAGCCCGGGAAAGGCAAAGAGAAAACAGAGAGAAAAACAGCGAAAGCAGAAGAAAAGAGAGCUCGAAGAGAGUCUAAAAAGCUUUCCCCGGAAGACGACAUUGAUGCUAUUCUGUUGAGUAUACAAAGAGAGGAAGCUAAGAAGAAGGAAGUUCACGUGGAGGAAAAUGUUCCGGCACCAUCCCCUCGAUCAAACUGUUCUCUGAACAUUAAUCCCUUGAAAGAGACGGAAUUGAUCUUAUAUGGAGGUGAAUUCUACAACGGUAAUAAGACAUUUGUAUAUGGUGAUCUUUAUCGUUAUGACGUUGAAAAGCAAGAGUGGAAGUUGAUAUCAAGCCCCAGUAGCCCACCGCCUCGUAGUGCACACCAGGCAGUUGCCUGGAAGAACUAUCUCUAUCUCUUUGGUGGUGAGUUCACAUCCCCAAAUCAAGAGCGAUUCCAUCAUUACAAGGACUUUUGGAUGUUAGACCUGAAAACAAAUCAGUGGGAACAGAUAAAUUUAAAAGGGUGUCCAAGUCCGCGUUCAGGUCAUCGUAUGGUAUUAUACAAGCAUAAAAUUGUUAUUUUUGGGGGCUUCUAUGACACACUUAGAGAAGUGAGAUAUUUUAAUGAUUUGCAUGUAUUUGAUUUGGAUCAGUUCAAGUGGCAAGAAAUAAAACCCCGGCCAGGAUGCAUGUGGCCAAGUACUAGGAGUGGUUUCCAGUUUUUUGUUUUCCAAGAUGAGAUAUUUCUAUAUGGUGGCUAUUCCAAAGAAAGUGCAUCUGAUAAGAGCAGCUCUGAGAAAGGAAAUGUUCAUUCAGAUAUGUGGUCCCUUGAUCCAAGGACAUGGGAGUGGAACAAGGUAAAGAAAGGUGGGAUGCCACCUGGACCUCGUGCUGGAUUUUCAAUGUGUGUACAUAAAAAGCGAGCAUUGCUUUUUGGAGGUGUAGUAGAUAUGGAAGUUGAAGGUGAUGUGAUGAUGAGUUUAUUCUUGAAUGAGCUUUAUGGUUUUCAGUUAGACAGUCAUCGAUGGUACCCGCUGGAACUACGCAAGGGGAAAUCAACUAAAUCUAAGGUGAAGAAAAAUUCAGAUCAACAAUGUAAUGGUCUCAAUGAGAAUAGUCAGGUUGAUAUGGAGGAUCCUGAAACAAUUGGAAGCAAUGUGAACUUGGAUACUUAUGAAGAAGAAGUUGACAUGGAAAAUGAUAUUGAUGAAAUAUCUCAUCAUAUAACAAGGAAGGUUACUGUUGGUGGUUGUACCAGUGUAUCUAAUUCAAAGCCUUUGGCAUGUGAUACUGAUCCACAAACAAGCAUUCCACCUGAGGUGGUGAAGCCUUGUGGUCGUAUAAAUUCUUGCAUGGUUGUUGGAAAAGAUACAUUAUACCUUUAUGGGGGCAUGAUGGAGGUUAGAGAUCGAGAAGUUACACUUGAUGAUCUUUACACUCUUAAUCUCAGCAAACUUGAUGAGUGGAAGUGCAUCAUACCGGCAUCUGAAUCUGAGUGGUUAGAACUUUCAGAAGAUGAAGAUGAAGAUGAGGAUGAAAGUGAAGAUGAAGAAAGUGAUUGUGGAAGCAACAGUGAUGAGACAGAUGAUGGUGAUGAUGAAGAGGAGACUGGAAAAGAUGAUGCAAAAUCACUUGAAAUGGGAGAUGCAGUUGCUAUUUUGAAGGGUGAGAAAAAGAAUCUGCGUAGGAAGGAGAAACGGGGAAGGAUAGAGCAGAUCAGGGCUAGUCUUGGCCUUUCUGAUUCACAGAGAACUCCCAUGCCUGGAGAAUCUUUGAGGGAUUUCUAUAAACGAACAAAUUUGUACUGGCAAAUGGCUGCACAUGAGCACACUCAGCACACUGGAAAGGAGCUUCGUAAAGAUGGAUUUGAUCUUGCUGAAGCUCGAUACAGGGAGCUCAAACCGAUCCUUGAUGAGUUGUCCAUAUUAGAGGCAGAACAGAAGGCUGAAGAAGAAGCAGGGGAGACUAGUUCCAGAAAGAGAGGCAACAAGAAAAACAAGCAUCAAACUGGACAAAGGUAGCUCCUAAGGAAUGGACUCUUACACAGCCUUGUUCUGCACAGUUGGGGAUUGUAUUGGGGACUGUGCCAUUAUUCUUCUCCCAUAGGCUCCAAGAGAAAGUGGCAUCAUAUGAACUGUCUGUUGCAUGGAGUAUCAUGGCUGGCAAUAUAUCUGAUCAUGACCUUCAUCCAUUGCAAUAUUUUUCUAUUAGGCAAUGCAAGUCAGAGCUGCAUUAAAUGAAAAACGAAUAUGUAUCAGGAUCAAACCACUAGCAACACAUGAGGUGCAGGAAUUGGCCCUGUGGAGUUAGAUGGCUAGACAAAACAAGUAUUUUUUGCAGAGCUUUUCAUUAGUCAAAACCUUAAAGCAGUAUGUUCACUGUAAACUUUGAGCUUGUAUUUAACAGAACAACGCCAUACGGACUGCUGAGCUGCGUUUGAAGGGUUGCUGGUAUGGUACAUAGCAGACAAUAAUAAUGUGUUAUUAUUAUUAUUAUUUUGUCAAAUGAAAAACAGAUAGCAGAGAAAGUGUUUGAGGCACACUGACCACUCCCCGAGUAGGAUUGAAUUUUGAGUACGGAAUCCUCCCUUUACCAAAUUAUUGUAUGUUAUUCAGGUCUGAUUAGUCCAUUAACUGGUAGUUAAUUGAUUGUUUGGAGGUUGGGACCCUUCUAGAUGAUAAGCCCUGGA